AUGGCGAGAUCCACUUCACAGGCCCAACCCAAAGGUGGUUCCAGGGUUCUGCGGGACUCUCAAAUGCAGGACGCGGGUAGUCCGCCUCCGGUAAAGAACAAAAAGAAAAACAAGCCAGUGAAGAGCAAUAUUUCAAACAAGCUCAAGCCUCGCCGUGGUGCGAGUCGGGCAACUUCAGACAACGGGGAUGACGAUGAAGACGAAGGCGAGGAUGGGGAUGUCGGAGAGGCUGAAGGCACGGCUGAUGAGCCGGAUGUAUCUUCCCUGCCAGGCGUAUCCAGGGGUGCUGUCGCUGAGGGCGAAGCAGGCCUGGCAGGGUUCAAUGCGGGAGACGAUGACAUGAUUGACGAUACGCAAGCUCAGGCUGGCGCUGAGCACGAGGGUCACGCGAGCGACGACGACGACGACUAUGCCGAUGUUGAGAACGUGAGCGAUAGCGAAGGCGAAGACGUCGAGGAGGAUGAAAACGACAUCCUGCGAUCCGCCGAGCAAGAUUUGAUCGAUGAGUUUGAGCGCACUGAGAACCGCCGCGUUGCUACGGCCAUGAUGAUUGACCUGGAUGGGAUGGAUCUCAACAAUGACGACCCCUUUGCGCUGGACGAUUUCACCAUGCACGACUCGCUGCGGUCGGGCUUUAAUGGCCUUGGCCUGCAAAUCAACCUGAACGAUGAUCCAUUCUUGGGUAUACCCACCGACGCCAGUCUGUACAACGAUCUAUGGAACGAAGCGGAGACGGCCAUUUGGCGCAUGCCAGAGACUGCACGCAACCGUCGGAGCAAUGAUUCUACCCAGAAGCGAGUACGAUUCGAGGAGAUUGAUGUCACUGCAUCCUCGAGCAGCAGCUCGGAAGAUCCCAACGAGGCGUUUCCGGAUUUGUUCACCCCACAAGACGACGCCAAGUUGAAUCAUCAUCUCUCUCUAGGUCUGGAGCAGGAACUCGAAAUUCAGAACAACACGUUCAAUGAUACCGAGUCGUUCUACGACUUCGAGGACGAGGAUGAAAAAUUCGCGUUUGAAGUCGACGAAGAAAGUGACUCGGAGUGUGACUCGAGCACCUAUGAUUCCGAUGAUGACGGCGAUGCGACUGAUGAAGAGUCACGUGAGGAACAGAUUGCACGCCUCGAGGAGCGAAAGAAAGCUUGUGGCAAGACCCCGAGUCGGCCAGGCACCCCAUCCAUGGCGGAGCGUGCCAUUACCGCCACGCCCACCCCCUCCACCCCAAGGCCUGUCACGCCGAAGAGCGUCAAGGGACUGAAGCUUGGGUCCUUUGUGAUCGAUCCAACGCGAGCCGCCAUGACUACCGACUCCGAGGGCAGGAAGAUCAAAGUCUUGCCUCCCUCUCAGCCACUCGAGAAGGACAAGGCGUUUUGGCAGCGUGCACGAACAGCCCACAGCACCCGGACCGACACUCCUCCGGGCACAAACUACAUCACCAUGCCCAGCCCUGGUGCUGCAGCAGACGACUUUCCUUCGCGUCCUUUCACCGCCAAGUCUACCCUUGGAUCUUUAUUCAACGGAGACUUGGACAUUCUCCGUAACAAUGACGCCUCUGGCAUCGCCGAAGUCCUCUUCCCUGACAUGUUGAGCCAUCGUCAAUCCUCCUUCACCGCCACAACCACUACAGACGACAGCGAGACGGACCACCAUACCGACAUCAACAUGCAGGACUUCUUGACCAUGGAUGGUUCCGAGUCAGAAAGCGAGGACAACAUCAAUCCCGUCAUGACUCCGUCUGCAGGUGACGACGCUGUCCUAGUGGCUAACGGCCUGCUUGACCAUUUCGACCGCACCCGCGGCGUGGUAGGCUCCUUCCGCCACAACCAAUAUCAAGCGCGUCACAUGAGCUCCCUCGCCUCCAACCCAACCACGCGCGCCUCGACGCAUGAAUUCAACGCUAUGCAGAAGGGCAAGCGCGGCGCCGCCAACACCCCCAUGACGCCUGCGCGGAAGUCGCGCAUCAGCCAGGACCUCAGCGGCGCGAGCCACGCCGGCAUCCGGAAGAGCAUGAGCAGUCCGCUGUCGAGUCGCCGACCACGCAGUCGCGGCAACUCUUUGGCAGGCGCUGGCAUUCACAAUGCGGAUCUCUUGCAGACGUUGACGCGGAACCCGUUUCACUAG